AUGGCGUAUGCGACCUUCGCCGACUUGCCGCCCGAAAUGGUCGGCAAUGUAUUCGCGUUCAUUCGAUCAAAGCCUGACCAGGGUAGCGUCUGCCUUAUCAGCCGCGCACUGAGAGAUUUGAUGGCACCCAUGAUGUGGGAAGAGCUCGAGACAGACUUUCGCGAUGUCUCUACUCGACAGCUUGCGACACUGCUACAUCCAGAGUCCAGAAUCACGAGCAAUGUUCGGAAGCUGGACGUAGGUGACUCUGCAAGCUCGGCCGACGGAGAAGACUUUGUGAAAAUGCUCCUCACCGCGAUUCCAAACGAUAGACUCUGGACUUUUGCGAGCUCUGCCAACAUCACGACCCUCACAUUUCAUAUGCUUCUGCAAUCCCAGCGCAAACUCAAGCUGCUGGAUACCUUCACUUAUUUCACUACUCCGGGGCUAUCGAAGUCGACUACUCUUGACUCUGCGGAGCAUCACACGUGGAUUGGUUUAUCACUGACCAACAUCUCGUCCAUGACACUGGAGAUUAUCCCACACCAAGUGUCAGAGAAGCGCAUUUUUAGGAGCAUAGAAUCUAUUUCCAAGAUGUGUCCGAGACUAGAGGAACUGCUACUGACCUCACAUUCGUUGGUUCAGUACAAGAAGACCUCGCUGUGCGCAAUCCUGGGUCAUGCAAAGGAGUUUCCGCUGUUCGCGAGUCUUACAAUACUGCGACUAUACGGUCUGAGGCUUAUAGGACCUGGGCAUCAAGCCAUCUGCAAGAGUCUCGAUCUCUCCAAGCUGUGCACUCUGGACGUGCAAGGGUGCGAUCAUCACGUACUCUUCAUGCAAGGACUGUCUUCAUACUAUGCUUCCGGAACUGGCGACUUGCAAGAUCUUUGUAUUGCACUCCCACUUCAUCUCCAAGGGGCACAAAAGACAGUGGAAUCUAUCGAAGGACUACUCAAAGUGUGUCCGAAGCUCAGAAUCCUACGACUAGUGCUCGAGUCGCAUGGGUUGGUGGACAAAGACUACAUAAUAACACAUGGUCAAUCCCUCCACUCGCUCAUGAUAGGUACUGGGAGUCAGCACUCUGUACGCAUCCCACACUAG